UUAGCCUUCCCACCGAUGGAAAUGCGAUUCCAGUUUCUCAAAAUUUCUUAUAAAAAUGCAUAUAAUCUUCCUACGUCAUUGUUGCUACUUCUCUAACUUCACCUACCCCCAGUCACCAGAUGUGCUACCAACCUUCCACCAGACGAAUAAAGCUACUGACCCUCGUUGAGAUUCAAAUUGAACCAAGAAAAUAUGUCAUCAGCAACCACAAGAAGUUCCAGCUUCGUGAAAAACCCUGGAGGAGUCAUCAAAUGCAAAGCUGCGGUGGCAUGGGGAGCAGGGGAACCAAUGGUGAUGGAGGAGGUGGAAGUGAGUCCACCGCAACCGUCUGAAAUACGGAUCAAGGUUGUUUCGACCUCCCUUUGUCGCAGUGAUGUCACCGCUUGGCUCUCUCAAGCACAACCUCCGCUAUUUCCUCGGAUAUUUGGCCACGAAGCAUCAGGGAUUGUUGAGAGUGUGGGACUAGAAGUAACUGAAUUUGUGGAAGGUGAUCAUGUCCUCACUUUGUUUAUUGGAGAAUGCAUGAGUUGCAGACAAUGUAUUUCUGGUAGAAGCAACAUUUGCCAACAACUCGGCUUGGAAAGGAAGGGUGUAAUGCAUAGUGAUCAAAAAACACGCUUCUUCGUCAAUGAGAAGCCCGUUUAUCACUAUUGUGCUGUUUCUAGUUUUAGUGAGUAUACAGUUGUUCACUCCGGCUGCGCUGUAAAAAUCAGCAAAGUUGCUCCUUUAGAAAAAGUUUGCCUCCUUAGUUGCGGAACAGCAGCAGGUUUGGGUGCAGCUUGGAAUGUUGCUGAUGUUUCCAAGGGAUCAACAGUUGCCAUUUUUGGUCUGGGAACUGUAGGGUUAUCUGUUGCACAAGGUGCCAAAAUAAGGGGAGCAUCUAGGAUAAUUGGCGUGGACACUAAUCCAGAAAAGAAUGAUAAAGCAAAAGCUUUUGGAGUAACAGAUUUCAUCAACCCAAAUGACAUUGAUGAGACGGUUCAACAGGUUAUCAAGCGACUGACUGAUGGUGGUGCAGACUAUUGUUUCGAAUGUAUUGGAGAUACUGAGAUGAUAAAUACUGCUUUGCAUUCUUGUUGUGAUGGGUGGGGUAUGACGGUUACCCUUGGGGUUCCCAAGACAAAACCAGAUAUAACAAGUCACUACGGAUUAUUUCUUACUGGAAGAACACUAAAAGGGUCUCUUUUUGGAGGAUGGAAGCCGAAAUCAGAUGUUCCGAGUUUAAUUGAUAAGUAUUUAAAAGAGGAGAUCAAGAUCGACGAGCUGAUCACCCACAAUCUGCCAUUCACAGACAUAAAUAAAGCAUUUGAUUUAAUGGUUGCAGGAAAUUGCUUGCGUUGUGUCAUCCACAUGCCAAACCAAUCUUAGUUCUUUGUGUUAUGGUUUAUGCUUCUUGUUUGUUAUGAUAAUGAUUCCAUAACAUUAUUUUAAAAAGUUUGCUAGUAAAGGAUUCUGUAGUCAAGAUUAUAUGAAUGUGUAUUGUGUUGGUGAUUUUAGUGCCACCAGGCCGUUUAAGUGUAAUUGGAAGUAACAUCGAGUUUUAAGGGGUA